ACGGGCUCCUUUCCUUCGACCACGAUCUCCUUGCGCAUUGCCGCGACACGUCCAGUACGCUGUGCAGCACAUCCUUCUAACAAAGUUCUAUCACUUGUCAGAACACAAUCAUCACUCUGGACAUCUAGGAGACUGACAACAAUAUAACCGCUCGGCGGCUGAACCCUUGAACCCUUGAGAAAGUCCUGCGAGAAGUCCCUCCCGAAGAACCGCCAGAAGACUUGCGUCGGAUUGUAUCUGUCUAACCUCGACGUUGAUCAUCGCCAUCUUUCUUUGGCUUGUGCUUCAGCUCGACGCUUCGGAUAUGGUUGGAUCGAACAUGGGACCACCGCGGCGGCGGAGUGUCGACGUCGGCGGACUCGCUCUGGCUCUCGAGGAUGAGACCCGCGGCCACGGUUGGGGAGGCUGGGAAGAGGGUGAAAUUGGAGAGACAAACUACGCAGAGAAUCUAAUUGACGUUAGAGCACAUACAGAGAUGGCAGUGAACUUGGAGGACAUAUCAACGUCGAUGCCUUCGCUCACACCCCAAGAUCGGGGACGACUGAUAUCCUCGCUGGCCUCGUGGACAUUUGAGCCUCACAAGUUACCUCCAGAAGAAGUCUUGACGUGCGCAUACAUCCUGUUUGAGGCCGUGUUUCGGAUAGAGGGUAUGCGUGAAGACUGCGGUGUCGAUCUUGCACAAAUGCCGCUUUUUCUCAAUGCUCUGCAGCAGACGUAUCGCCGAGUUAACAACUACCACAACUUUGAACAUGCUCUGGACGUCUUCCAGGCAAUAUAUUGCAUCUUGCAAUGGGAGGGACUUGUGCCGGAACUGGAUAUUCUUCUAAGCAAUCAAACAUGGAGAAGACCGCCGCGAGAGACUCAGGGCUUGAUCGAUUGUUUGAACAACUCGGACAUCUUCGCUUUGUGCAUUGCUGCGGUAGGCCACGAUGUUGGACAUCCUGGGUUAACGAAUAAUUUCCUAAAAAACGCCAAAACACCGCUCGCAGUUGUCUACGACGACAAGUCUGUGCUCGAGCAGAUGCAUUAUUCUCUUCUUCUCCAGAUUAUGCACCAAACAGGUCUCGGAGGCAUCCUCGAUCGCUCAUCUGUCCCUCCCCCAAGACAUUCCUUCACUGCUUCCAAGAAUGGCGUCAAUUUGUCGCAUCAUUCUGACCCGCCAAAGACCGUUCUAUCUGGACACGAUCCACCCUGCACAAACACGUUUAGGAAGCUCUUGCUGUUAACUGUUCUGUCGACUGACAUGGGCGUUCACGAUACUUUUAUGAAAGACUUCGAAGCUCUCAUAACGUGUAGACGUAGUGGAACACAUACUGAGGAUGAUGACUUUAGGACCAGAGUUCUGAUUUGCCAAGCGUUGAUCAAGUGCACUGAUAUCAGCAAUCCGGCGCGUCCGUACAAGGUUUCCCAACACUGGGCCUCCGCGCUGUCCAGCGAAUGGUCGACACAGGUCCUUCUAGAGAAGCAUCUUCAUCUGCCUACGACUGUAUACCCAUCUUCAAACGAGCUGAGCAAAGCGAAUGGCCAAGUGUUCUUCAUCGAGCGGUUCGCUGAUCCACUCUUCGAUAGCGUAAAGCGAGGAGUUCCUCAAAUAGAGACCUUUGCAAGUCAGUGCAAGGAGAACUUACGUAUAUGGCAGGAGCUCCGAGAUAGAUUGAGCAACCAGCCGUCAUCUGUCACGCCCCCAGCAGAUGAGCCGCCAACGACUGAAGCUUCAUCAAGUGCAGAGUAUCUUCCCUCUCCCUGUCUCCCCUGUCCCACCUUCCCCUCAGAGUUUCUUUCCGCGUUUCCACCGACUUUGCCUAAGUCGUUGCUUGAGUCCGAUCUAGUCGAUGCUUAUACGGAUGACCAACUCGAUGAUAGCUCGGUUGGAGGGUUCUCUCACCAUGCAUCAACAAGCUCACUGGGCUCCACACUAGACUUCGUCUCUGCGUCAGGUGAAAGUCUGCUUGAUGAAUUCGAGGCAGAGCAAGGGAGUCACUACGAGAGUUGCGAGAGCGAGUCCUCCAUGCCCUCAUCACCUGCCGGUCGACAUCCUACCGACGUUAUUCUUCCCAAGUUGGAGAUAUCCACUAAUAGACCUUCCCACAUCCGAACCAAGUCUCACUCCUCGCGACACUCAACUCAUUCUCAUUCUCAUCCUCAUUCUCGACAUCCUCGAAUACCUAGCGCUGUUUCUCCACAAACCAACUCUAUUCCUGAGGAUAACGCUCAAUCAGACAUGCCACUGAGCCCGGAUUCCCAACCAGGGCAGACUCGUCCGCCGAGUCUCUUUUCAGCGCAGUCCAACAGGACAUCGUUCACGAAUUUCUCUAACACCACGAGCGCUUCGAUAUCGGCUACGAAUGCCACUGUAGCCAUCCGGAAAGCCUACCAGGCUAGCGUUCGGAAGACCAAAUCUACGAGGAGUUUUCAUCGUAGUUCUUGGAAUCCCACACCGGCGGAGUUUAACGCAAUUGUGAACCGACCUCCUCAAGCUGUGGUGUUCAACAUUUCGACAGCCUCUGUGUCUUCGAAACCACCUACCCCAGAUGCGGUCGAUGAGAGCGAGAACUCGUUGACCCCUCACCCUGCUGUACAAUCGAAACGAGAGACUAUAAGUCUACUUACUCCCGGGCUUGUUGAAUCAGUUGGCACAACGCCUACUUAGAAUCCAUUGACUCCUGGAAAGACAUCCUCUUCGUCUUCGAAUACCCUUCCUACUUCCAAUGCCGGACUAAGGGCAGCUCGUGAACAUGGCGUCUGAACGCUGUCCCUACAUUCAUCAACUCAGUUCUAUCCCCAUUUGGACCAUCGACCUAUCGUCUCGUUUUGCAUGCAUGGACUUCGUCAAUGCCACAAUCCCAUGUAAAAGACACCCUCUUACUGUAUCAUCAAUCUCCCUCGUGUCACUAUCACUAUUCCACCCAUCUGUUGUCUUAUCUCCCUGUCGCCCUGCUGUCCUCAUUUUUUUUUCUGGUUAAUGCCUUCGUCAUUUUUUGGUUGUAUCCGGGCGGGUUUCUUGCUGUCUCUGCGGUUUUCCUAUCUACGUACAUCAUCACAACAUCUACGCGCUGUGUGUUUCAAACACCUUUUCGGGUUACUCAUUGGAUUGUCAGCAUCGUAGGCGCACUGGUACUGGUUUUCUCCACGAAGCAUGAAGAUCUUGUCUGUAGCUGGACUCAAAGCCUUAUUGGCACUGUUGUUUUGUAUGUAAACUCGUGUCUCCUCUUAUCUAGAUCACUUUGAUUGCUGUAGCCAGUGAGUUCAAUAGCUAAGAACUCUCACGAAUGUUUGUUUUCUCCUUGUCUUUCUGAGCUGUCAACUCUUUCUGACCAGCCUUCUAGUCAUUAUAGUUUAUUUUUUUGCGCGCAGGUGUCUCAAACCAGGGUGGGUUCAACCAGCGAAGGGCUGGUUGGCUGGCAAUAAUCAGGCUCUUCUGGCAUGCUCCCUGGUGAACCAGGUC